GUCUAGGUGAGGCAUGCAGAGCAGCCAGGAUACAAGAGCACCUGGAAAGGAGGAGGAAGAUGAAGAAGAAGUUGAAGAGAAAACUGCUCAGCUACUAAGAGAAAAACACCAGCUGCCACUCUCUGCUCAGUCUGCCUUUGCUUAUGUCCCACCUGGACGCAGGGACCCUCCAGAGCUCAGCUAUUUCCACCGAGAGGCUAAGACAGGAACUGUUUCCACCUAUGAAUCCAUUUUUAAAAGGCCAGAGGGUUACAAUGAAAAACUUCACCGCUGUGACAGAGAACAUGCAAAGAGUCGUGGCCUUAAAAUUAAUGAAGAGGAAAUGGUGAGACCCAUUCCUGUUUUGUCCUCUUCACAAUACGGAAGGCGAAUCAACCAGCCAGUUGAGGAAUUGAUCAGAGGUCAUGCAAGGAUUAACCAUGUGAAGGCUGCGUUCUACAGGAAAAAUGGAAUUGCUUGCUUGUUAGACAAAUCUUCUUCAAGCCUAGAACCCUGCUAA